AUGAAACCCCGACUACACGUCGUGGUUGACCCCAUGGGCUGGCUGUGCAUCAGCGCCGUGUUUGGGAUCUGGCUCUACAACUCCUUCUUCGUCCCUGAGCUCGUCCUGCUGCCGCACUACCGAGAAGGCCACAUUCCUUGGAUUCUAGUCAUUUGUUAUUACGCCGCUUCGGCACUCUGCAUCGCGGCGUUGUUUAGGGCCUCCACGGCGGAUCCCGGCCAUCUUCCCACAAACCCCAAUAUACCUCACUCGGAGCGGCAGCACUGGGAAAUGUGCAACAAGUGCAACCUCAUGAGACCUAGAAGAUCCCAUCACUGUAGUCGUUGUGGACAUUGUGUGCGAAGGAUGGACCACCACUGUCCUUGGAUCAAUAACUGUGUGGGAGAAGACAACCACUGGCUCUUCCUGCAACUCUGCUUCUACACACAAGUCCUUAGCGGGUUCACGCUGGUGCUGGACUUUUGUCAGUACUAUUACUUCCAGCCUCUCACGCAGCUAGACCAGGAGAAGUUCACUACGCGACACGAGCUAGCGCUGUUGCGGACCUCUGCGCUCACGGGCGUGAUCAUGUUCGGCGGAAUCUCGGCGUUGUUUUACUCUCAACUGGUGGGCGUCAUCUCGGAUACCACCACAAUCGAGAUGAUGACACGGUUUUCCGGCGAACUUGGUGGUCCGAAGAGAUCGUGGCGGGGGGCGCUGGCCGAAGUGUGUGGCACCCGCUGGAAGGCGCUGUGGUUCGUGCCGCUCCGAAGCAGACGGGCGCUCCCGAACGGCGGCCAUUAUGUGUAG